GGUAGCAGCCAGUAUCAAUGACAGAUGCAGGAAGCUUUGACUCAGAAUAUUGCUUGAUUUCAUCCGAACAGUCUUCAAUAUUCUAAUCAUUAUUCGGUGAAAUAUGUGGUCCAUUGAAGACCUGUACAACAUUACUAUACCAAAGGUGUGCAGUAAGGAUCAAUACCAAUGCAUCGAUGGAAGCUGUCACACUGGCUCAUUUGGGAUAUGCAAACCCAUCCUUGGAUACUGCCCGAAAUUGGCAGCUAGAAGGCACUACUGUCCAGCUGAAGAUUUUUGCCAAUACACAGACUUCAAUUGCUUGCGACCCUGUGGAGCAUCCAAUGGAAGAUUAGACUAUGUUCAUAACUGCACAGGUUAUCCCGGACUGUGUACCAAUAAUCCUGAAACAUGUCCUCCACAAUGUUUGAAAACAGAGGUCAAAUGCCGUAAAGAGGGGAAAUGUGCUAAGGCGGAGAAUUAUUGCACGACUUGUGAUGGCUUUCGAUGUGCAAGUGAUGGAAAAUGUGGCUACGGUACACGAUGUAAUCGGAUCAAUGAAUGUUCGGAUGGCUCGGAUGAGAGGAACUGUCCCUACAAUAUGAAUAACAAUGUUGACAAAUAUGCAGUUGUUGGGGUUUUUUUUGUUGUCGUGGUGAUCACGGGACUUUGUUGCCUCUGCUUCUGUCGAAAGCGUUUGCGACGUUGUAGAGAGAGAGGAAGGUUUCAGCGGCCAACUGUGCCACCUCCAGACACCACGGCAGUGACACUGUCUGUACGGAGCUCUCCUACGUUAAAUCAAGAGGCUGUGACCCUGACAACCGGUCACGCGAGGGAUGCUGCCAGUGCCACCCCAUCGGCGCCUGAGCGAGAGACGACACCACCACCGUCGUACUUUGAAGUGAUACGGAGCGCUCCCAUUGAGAGGCACGCUGCAUCAGGCUCACAAUCACAGCUUCCAACCUAUGAAGAGAUUAUGGAGUUGAAAGAAUUCAAUGGAAAAGGGUGAUAGGUUUGUAUUUACACCAAGAUACCGCAUAGCAGUUUGGCAGUUGCUCCUGGUGUAGACUUGACGGAAGCAGAGCCAAUGACAGAAGACAAUCAUAGCGAAUGUCCCUUGCCUCUUAAGAUGGCUUAACCAUCAUGUUGCAAUUAAGUAAGGUAGUGAUUACCUCAGACUUUCAGGACCAUACGACUCAAGCUUGUCGUUCUCUCAGUUUUUACUGACGAAGACAUUUUAUUUUAUACUCCAUUGCAUGAGAAAAUGACAGUCUGAUAUUUUGUGAUUUUGCACAAAAAGUGAAAUAUUUCAACAAAUUGCAUUUUAUUUGAAACUUUAAAGGUGUACGCUGUUUGUAAUUACUGGUGGUCCAGGAAAAUAGAAAUGCAGUUUUGCACAAUGCCGUAGUGCAGUUAUCAUGCAAAUGAAUUGGCUGAAAUUGCUAUUUGAAGUAUUUGUAUGUCUGUCUGCCCAACGUCAAUGCUGAAAUUUGUGUUGAGUAAAUAUUUAUACAAUUGGAAAUUUUCAAAUUCAAUUAUAAAUUACAAAUUUUUUAAAAACGCAAUCAAAAUUCCUUUCUUUGCCAGCAUUGGACAGCUUGACCGAGAACGACCCAUUUGAAGCAAAAUACUGACAUAUUUUCCCAAGCCAUUUUGGGCCUGUUUUGCAUGCAUUGAUAUUUUAAAUAGAGCAGGGGAGAAAUUCCUACAUGUUAUCAAAUAUUGAGCCAGUACUCAAAGCUGGGGUUCUCGUGUAAAACAUAAGGGCCCUCACAUGGUACCCAACCGGACCAGACAAGAUCAGACUGGAUCACAUCGCAUUGUCUUGUGAGAUCGGGCAAUGAGCCCGGCCCAUGUUUGUUACUUUCUACUGGCAAUAAAUGUUCUUGUUGAUUUAAGGUUAAUGGUAGCUAGCCGGCGUGUUUCAUGCAGAGUCAAAAGCCUAAAUGUUUUAGUUUUCUUGGAGUUUUGUCUAAAGAUAGGAUUUGAUAAAGAAAUUGUUGUGUGCAAAAGCAUGUUCUUACUGGUAACUCAGGUCUGAAUGUAUUCAAUGUGAGAUUAGGAGAUUACUGACUCUUUGUACAAUGUACAUGCAGCAUCCUUGACAAUUUCAUUGCAGGGGGGUCACUCCUGAUUACAUGAGCAUCCAAAAAUGCAGGCGUGUUUUGGGUCAGCAAAGUCUGACCCAGACCUCAAGCCCCGCAAUGUCUCCAGGGGCAUGCUCUAAAGGAUGUCUGCUACCCACAAUGUGCCCCUGAUUAUCGACUCUCUGUUACUCUGAUACCAAUAAACAGUCAUAUUUAUCCUAGCUCAAUUUGUGGGAGAUACAUGUACAACGGAACUUCCCUCAACGGACACCUCUCUAUUAAGGACACCCUCUCUAUUAGGGACACCAGUUUUGGUACCAACUUGGUUGCUUCCAUUCAAUUUGAUCUUUCUAAUCAGGACACCUUUUUAUUAAGGACAGCACUUGUCAGUCACCAGGAUGUCCUUAAUUGAGAGGUUCUACUGUACAUGAAUACCAAAAUAAGGGGUUAUAAAUGUAACCCUAUACCAGCAGUAGAGGGUGAAAGAUGUGCCAGCAAAAGGGGGCAGAGAUUUGAGACAGCUGUACCCGCUGGAGGGGGUCUAUUAAAAACUCUGCGUAAAGUGAUGCCCUAAUCUUGUAAUCGAGUGGCCCUCCGUGGAAUUUCUUCAUCAGAAUCUUGGAGGAAAUGAACCUCUACAUGGAAUCAUUUCAAGGACAUGAAGGAAUAUAGCUGACCAUCCACCCAGCA